UCGAGUUCCAGCAUACGGCUAUUCUGAGCACAAGCUAUGGCGCUUCCUCUCCUCCGUCAUUACCCUCUCUCUCCUCCAACCCUCCUUUUUCUUCCCUCUUCCAAAUCCUAUCCACCGAAUCCUCCCUUCCCUUUCUCCUCUAUCUCCUAUUUGCUUCCCUUCUUUAAACAGCGAAACAAGGCAGCACUUAUCCGGCAGCAAUGCACUCGUAUCGCUUCUUCUUCACCCGAAGGAAGCUUGGCUUCGGUGGUAUCUGAACAAGGAGCAGAGGAAUCUGAAGAGAAGCCGGCGGAGCCUAGUAGGAGGCUAAUUGCACAGAACAUACGCUGGACUUGCACCGCCGAGGAGAUCAAGACCCUCUUUGAAAGGCACGGGACUGUGAUCGAUGUUGAGCUUUCAAUGUAUGAUAAUAGCAGAAACAGGGGAUUGGCAUUCAUCACCAUGGCUUCUGAGGAAGAGGCUAUUUUGGCUCUCAGUAAUCUGAAGUCUUAUGACUUGAAUGGCCGAGUCAUAAAGGUGGGGUUUGCAAGGUCUUUGAAGAAAAAGUCCGAUCAGGAAACAACAGCUUCAACAGCAACAUUUAAUGUAUUUGUUGGGAACUUGGCUUGGAGGGUAAGGUCUCGAGAUCUGAGAGAACUUUUUGGCAACACUGGGAAACUGAUAUCUGCUGAAGUCAUUUUUCAAAGCAACCCGAGGAGAUCAGCCGGUUAUGGAUUUGUCUCCUACUCUACAGAAGAAGAAGCAGAGGCAGCAAUAACUGCGCAUAAUGAGAAGAGAUUAAUGGGAAGGAAGGUACGCCUGGUUCUUGGAAAACCACAAGCGGAUAAAUCUGAAGGAAAAUCUUCUGAUGAUUUGCUGCCUUUUGAGGCAUCAAGCGAAUCAAAUCCUUGAGGAGAAAUUCUAUUCUAAAUUGAUGGUAUUCUUGAUUUGGCAUAGCAAGAAAUUAGUUUUGUUGUGACAAAUAAGUAAUUUUUGUUUAAUAAGAAAUCAUGAGUUUAAUUAUUUGAA